AUGCCCAAGAUCGUGGUGGUGGAUGCGACAAUGCUGCGUGCCUACUGGAACCAAAGGCAAGCCGAUGCAGAUAUUGGCGACAAGAGCCACGAGAAGACUCAAAAGACCGACAUUAAUGACAAUAACAGGCAGCCCAAGAAGACGAUUCUGAAAAUCAAAAACCCAUAUGCCGCCGUCCCACAACAGCAACAACAGCAGCAGCAGCAUUCGCAUUGGAUUAAACAGCUUCGACUGCUCUGCAUUGUUCUAUGGGCGCUAAUCUUGCCCCUACCCGGCCACGCCCAGCAGCAAAAGUUUCGCACAACGCCGCACGAUCUGCAGGUGCUGGAGGGCGCCGAGGCGAUGAUGCGCUGCGAGGUGGCCAACGUGGCCGGCGCCGUGCAGUGGACCAAGGAUGGCUUCGCCCUGGGCUUCUCAGCUGUGAUACCCGGCUUUCCGCGCUACUCCGUGCUGGGUGAUCGCAAACAGGGUGUCUACAAUCUGCGCAUAUCCAAUGCCUCCAUCAAUGAUGAUGCCGAGUAUCAGUGCCAGGUGGGGCCAGCGCGCCUCAACUCGGCCAUUCGGGCGAACGCCAAGCUGACCGUCAUAUCGCCACCCUCAUCGAUCGAGAUCAAAGGCUACAGCCACAACUCCAAGGUGGAGGUGCGCGAGAAUCAGGACCUCACGCUCAAAUGCAUCGUUGCCAAUGCGAAGCCGGAAGCGCAAAUCGUUUGGUAUCGAGGAAACGUCGAAUAUAAGCCAGAUAAACGCGACGAUAAGGUGGAGGAAUCGACACCAAAACGCUAUACGACAACCUCCAGCCUGAAGCUGAAGCCCGGCGCGAACGAUGACUAUACGGAAUACACCUGCCAAGCGAAGCACAAGGCUCUAUCACCGGAUAUGCCCAUGCGUGCCACCGUGCAACUGUCCGUGUUGUAUCCACCCGGACCACCCUAUAUCGAGGGCUAUUCGCCCAGCGAGACACUGCGACGCGGCCAGACGGUGGAGCUGAUUUGUCGCAGUCGCGGCGGCAAUCCGCCCGCGCAGCUCAUCUGGUAUAAAAACAACUCGCAGAUACGUAUGGCCUACAGAACCUCGGGCCGGCUGUCGGAAAACAUUUACACAUUUACCGCCGAGGCGAGCGACAACAAGGCGCGCUUCCGAUGCGAGGCGAGCAAUGUGAUGUCCCAGACACCGCUCAAGGCGGAAGUGGAUUUGACUGUUCUAUUCGCACCUUCGCAAGUGACGGUGACGGGUCCGACGGAGGCACGCGUCGGCGACGUUGUGCCCUUGACAUGCGCUACAGCGCCAUCGAACCCGCCCGCCGAGAUCAAGUGGAUGGUUGGUGGCCGCCAGAUACGCAAUGCCACAUCGAAGACUGCCGUCAGUGCCGAAGGCGGCUGGACAACCAGCUCGAACAUCACGACCAUCGUGGAGCCCAAUAAGCGUUCCCUGGUGGUCAUCUGUCAUGGCCUCAACAUGCAGCUCACCGAGAAUGUUGUCUCCACGCACACGAUUAACGUUCUAUAUCCGCCCGCGCCGCCAUUAAUUUCGGGCUAUAUGGAGGGACAAAUUAUACCAGCCGGGUCGGUGCAAAAACUGCUCUGUGUCUCAUCGGGCGGCAAUCCGCUGGCAACGUUAACGUGGUAUAAAAACGACAAGCGGAUCAACUCCGUCAUUCGGGCCGCAGACAAAUCCGUUUCGGCCGAAAUAACUAUUUUGGCCAACGUCACCGACAACCAGGCGCAAUACCGUUGCGAGGCCUCGAACAGCGCCACGGAGAUACCACUUUUUGAGUCUACUACGCUGAGUGUUCACUUUGCGCCAGAGACGGUAAAAAUACGCAUUGAACCGGAAGAGCUGCGACCUGGCAUGGAGGCGACCAUCAUUUGCGACUCGAGCUCGAGCAAUCCACCGGCAAAGCUGUCCUGGUGGAAGGAUGGGAUUUCCAUUGAAGGCAUUAAUAACACGUCCAAGCCAGGCCUCUGGGGCGGCACGGUCUCCACGCUCGAAUUCAGGCUAAACAUCACCCAGGAAAUGAACGGUGUGGUCUACACUUGCCAAAGCGCCAACGAGGCAUUGCAGCGCAGCGUCCACGAGGCAAUCAGCCUGAAUGUGCUGUAUCGUCCCAAGUUUGUGCCGCCGCCCUCGUUGACGUCAGUUGGGCUAGAGGGUGAGUCCUUGCAGGUACCGCUGCAGGCCAAUGCAAAUCCUGCCCUAAUAAGCUACACUUGGACAAAGAACGGCACACCCAUACCGCAAGAUACCAGCGGCAGCGUCUCCGCCGGAGAGCAUCGCAUCUUUGCGGAUGGCGCUGUCCUCAACUUUACCAAAUUGCAUCGCGAAGAUUCCGGCGUCUACUCGUGCACGGCCAGCAACUCCCAGGGCAAGGCCAGCAUCAACAUAACCGUUGUGGUGGAAUAUGGCACCGCCAUUAAGUCCGUCUCGGAGAAUAUCAUUGUCAAUCCGGGCGAGGAUGCCAUGUUGUCCUGCACCGUUGAGGGAAAACCGCUCGCCGACGAACAUGUCAAAUGGGAGCGAGUGGGCUACGACAUGAAAGUAAAGACCACAACAACCUUUACCAAUGGCACCGCCUAUCUGCACAUUAAGAACGCGCAGCGCGAAGAUGUCGGAAACUUUCGGUGCGUGGCCGACAACCACGUGGCCAAUCCCACCAAUAGAGAUGUGCUGCUUAUAGUCAAGUUCGCGCCGGAGAUCGCCAAGUCGCCGACGCUGCUGCGAGCCGCGAGCGGAACUGGGGAGCGCGGACGACUACCCUGCCGAGCGCAGGCCUCUCCGAAGCCGCAGUUCAUUUGGCGCCAGGACGGCAAAGAUCUGCCCAUCAAUCACACAUUCAAAUACGAGCUGGAGGAGCGUAAAAUCGACUCGCUCACCUACGAGUCGUCGCUGAUUGUUGAGAAGGUGGCGCCCGCCGACUAUGGCGCCUACGAGUGCGUGGCCCGCAAUGAGUUGGGCGAGGAUGUCGAAACGGUUCGUCUGGACAUUACCUCCCAGCCAGAGCCACCGCUCAGUCUUAAUAUACUGAACGUUACCCAUGACACUGUCACCGUAGCCUGGACGCCGGGUUUUGAUGGCGGCCUGAAGGCCUCCUAUCGCGUCCGAUACCGGAUGGCCGACCGCGAGCAGUACAAAUACAUUGAUGGGCUUCCCAACAGCCACAAGCUGACCAUCGGGGGGCUGCGGAUGAAUACGCUGUAUCUGUUUUCGGUCAUGUCGUGGAAUGAUUUGGGCCAGAGCUCCUACCUGCCGGAUUUGGCGCGUGCCCAGACCAAAGAAGCGCCGCCUCCCUCGCAACCGGCUUCCUCGCUGGGCGGUGGACCGCCAACCACUAGUCAGACACCGCUGGGUGGCACAUCGGGCAUACUGCUAGUCGGCAUCGCGGCGGGAAUUACAUUGGUUCUGCUCAACGUGCUUCUCAUCGGCUGCUGUAUUCACAAGCGCAACGAGAAGCGUCUUAAGCGAGGACUUGAAAUGAUGCCAGCCGAGUUAACUGAGGAUUCCAGCAACACGCCGAAUCUGGUCAUAAUUGGCAUCUCUCUGGCGGCAUUCGGAUUUCUUUUGGUCAAUGCGGCGCUCGUCGCUUGGUUCUUUGUACAUCAGCGUCGGAAAAAAGUGGCGGAAACUACAAAUCAACCAGGCAAAACGGCGACCAUCGAAAUGUACGCGCCCAGUUCGUACAAUGACACCGUCACCGGCGAGACACUGUCCAGCGUGUCGGAGAAGAGCGAGUCCUACUCCAAUGAGGGCAGUCAACCGGAAUAUAUUGACGAAGCACGCAAGAAGGCGGCAUCGACAUAUCUGGUUGAGAGCACGGACAUGCCACCACCCAGAUACCAAAAGGAUGGCACACUGCCAGCAUUAUAUCCAAAUAAUAUGGUCAAUGCCUGCACGCUACCACAUCCGCGGCAUAACAACGGGCACGCAGCCGCCCUUGCCGCCGCCGCCGCCGCCGCUGGCCACAUGACGCGCGACGAUCAGAUGCUCAUCAGCAAGGGCGUCUAUAUUCCGUCCCCAUCGCCAGCACCGCCAACGGAUGGCUCCUACUACAACAUGAACAGCGACAGAUAUUUGUCGUAUCCGCCAAUGGAAUACCCGACAACACUGGACUUCAGUGGGCCGCCGCUGCCGCUGGCGCAUCUGCAGCCGAUGCCCAUUACGGUGACCUCACAGGCGGCGCUGCUGGCGAGCAAUGGAGGCGCCACGCUUAUGGGCAAUGGCAGCGCCGUGGGCGGUUCGGGCACAUUGCGUCGCGGUAUAUUGCGCGGCGUUGUGGGCGUGCCGCCGCCCGAUGUUACGCAUCACACCUCAGCCGGCGGCACGCCAUCCAUGCAAAUCAUGCACGACCUGCAUCCGGUCAAUCUCAGCGCGACAACGCUGACAACUAGCACCACGCUCAAUGGCAGCAUGACGACGGCGCUGCCAUUGACAACGGCCACGCUGCCUCGCCAGCCGCACGGCAUCCUCAAGGAUCCCAAUCGCAACAAGCAGCAGCAACAGCAGCAACAGCAGCAGCAGCAGCUGCUUAACGCCAGCCUGGUGGGCGUGCCCGUCUCCGCGGGCGUUGGCAGCCUCCAGAUCCUGAAUCUGCCCGUGACCAGCGCGGCGCUGGGCAACAACUUGCUGAUGACAACCAGCGCCACCUACGACCCCGCCUCGCUCAGCAGCUUCAAUGCGAGCGGAGCCGGCGGCGUACCGGUAGCCUACACAGAUGCGGACGGACAUCUCGUAUAGCUAUAGGCAGAGACUGGGGCCAGCACUGAAACACGGUACUGAGCAGCCAGCUGCCAUACAGGGAGACAGAAGAUGCCAGCCGUCAGCACCUGAGUGUUUGUCGGUCUGUUAGUCUGUCUGUCUUUCUGUCCAUUGAACAAGGUAACUUCUUGCAUCAUCUUCACAUAUACAUAUAUAUAACUAAAUGUACUCCACUCGACUCGUAGCUAGUUUAGAAGCUUUCCCUCUCUUCAGCGUGAAGUCUGUAUGAAUGUAUCCUAGACGUGUACUGUAGGCAAUUUCAAGUAACAACAACAACUGCCAGAUACCCUGCAACCGAAAAGUGACGGGAGAGGGCCUAAACUGUGUCUAUAUACCAUCGAUAUUUGUCGAUAUUAUUCAAAUGGGUUGACAUAUCAGGUUGAUUGUCAUAUAUACGGCUCGAAGUUCUUCCUUCUGCCUGUUACACACAUUAGCCAGAAUAUUCACACCCCACUGUGAAAGGCUACAGGGUAUGAGAACAACGAGUGCCCCAUUACCUUAUUCAAAUCAGCUACAGAAUUAGUUUAUGUUAAUUUUUAAAACGAAACUCACUCCCCAUAAAACAUUGGACUGUGUUUAUUCAGAUAACCAGCCCAGAGAUCUCAUUGCCUGGAGACUGGUCAGCCGGUCGGUCCGUCAGUCCGUCAGUCGCUUCGCCGAUUGCUGCUUGAGGAUUUGCGUUUUUCUAAUUAGCUUGGCAGCAGCAGCAAUAACAACAGCUAUAACGAAAAACUUUGAGCGGGUGGCUCCGGGGGAAAGGCGGAAGGCGGUCAAAAUUUUUGAAAUUAGUUCAGUGGAACGAAGACAACAGCCGCGCAGCCGUUUGACAGCUCCCCGGGGCGUGCUCAGGCCUCAAGUCGAUGGGCACGUGAUUGCGCCGGGCGCACUGGGCGUGGCAAGCAAAUAAACGAACGAAAAAACACACAGUUGACAGCAGCAGCAGCGGCAGCAGCAGCGGCAGCGACAGCAGCGGCAGGUUACGGCGAGCGAUUAGUUGGCCCCAACUCCUUGAACUGUUGCUGAAGGUUAGUGCGCCAUAUUGAAGACUCCCGGACGGGGCACUCCCCCGGAGCAUAACCAAAACAAACAUAGCUAGUGGCUCCUCUAAUAACACAAAGCACCAAAUGGAGCAGCUGAUGCCGCGCCCAGCAAUGGCCGGGCACAUUAUGUGCAGGCACCGCAGUUGCCACAUUCAAAGGCUUCCGCACAGCUACGACUGCUCUGUUGCCGCCUCCGAUUGCGAUCUAUGGGUGCUUAUAGGUAUCAUUGCCAUACCCCAACCCAGAUACCCCGCCCACCGCGCCCCCCAAUCCGGACCCAGUCUUAAGUGCUUGCCGCACAUUUGCUGCUCGUCGCAGCUCAGCGAGCGUGACAUGCUCCUCAUCUUGGGGACGCCAUUAACUUCUGCUGCUGCUGCUGCUGCUGCUGCUGAUGCUGCUGGCCGCGCUGGAGCACAUCAUGACAAUUCUAUUAUGUAGCAUCAAUGCAGUGUAGAGCCCCGCAACCCCUACGCUCAGCGCCCUGCAACUGCCACCCUUUUGCCAAGGGCAAAAGUAGACAUAUCCAAGGAGAUAU